AUGGAUCAGUUGAUGAAGCUACUAUUACAUGGUGAAAAUGAAAUCUCAUGGUAUCAAACACUUCCACCAGUUAGCCUAAGUGCCUUUCAGCCAUAUUCAAUGACACCCAGAGUGGAGACUGCAGGUUGCAACAAUGCUGGGAACAUGAACAGGAGAAUGAUCGCGUUCUUGAGGGUGAACGUUCGGGUUUCAACGACCGCAGCCGAUGAUAAACGGAGGAAUCUGAAGCACAAGUUGAAUGAGAGACUGAGAAGAGAGAAGGAGAAAAAUUGCUACUUUGCCUUGUAUUCUAUGCUCCCUCCUGGCACAAAGAAUGAUAAGAAAUCGAUAGUUCAGAUGGCAAGCAUGAGAGUUCAAGAGCUGGAAUUGGUGAAGGAUUUGGAGAGGAAGAACAAAGAAUUGCAGGCAAAGAAUGAAGGAAACAAGAUCAGAGUGAGGAUAGAUGAUCCAACCUAUGGGAUUGAUUCUCUGAUAGAGGCUUUGAAAUGCUUGAAGACAUUGGAUUCUAAACCCAGAAUGAUCCGAUCGAACUUUACAAAUCAAGAAUUCCUUGCUGUUUUAGAUACUGCAACCGAGAUGAGAGCUGCAGAUAUGGAAAAUGCAGUAAAUAGAGCAAUGCAAGAGGCUAGGAGGAAGCCUGGGGCAACUUGGAUGGGAUGA